AUGCCCAACUUCCAGGCUCCGUUGUACUAUCUGGUCCCCUUACUAUGGGCGCUUUUGUUUACCCGCUACAGGUUCAAGAAAACCGAGGCAUCUUUGGAUGGCGUACCCGCAGUGGGGUCUACAAACCCCAUCCUCUCUUGGGUCGGAGCGUUUCAGUCCUUGACCGACUCUAGGACGAUCCUGCAAGAAGGUUAUAACAAAUAUAGAGGUGGCUUGUUCAGGGUUCCAAGGUUCGACGGAUGGACUGUGUACGUCACGAGCCCAGUGCUGGUUGAAGAGUUGCGGAAAGCACCCGACGAUGUUCUAUCGUUCUCCGAGGCAACAAAAAAGCAACUUCAGAUCAAUUACACCCUCGGACGAAAUAUCCAUGAAAACGGCUACCAUAUCCCGAUUGUCCGUUCUCAACUAACGAGGAGCCUAACACCUUUGUUCCCGGAUGUCAGGGACGAGAUAGUGGCCGCUUUCAGCGACGUCGUGCCUAAAGGCGUAGAGUCAGACUGGGUCGAAGUGCCUGCUAUGGAGUCUGUGAUGCAGAUCAUAUGUAGAACGUCGAAUCGAAUAUUCGUUGGGCUGCCCAAAUGUCGUGACCCGGACUACAUACAGCUGAAUACGAGCUUCACCUUGGACGUCGUUGCGGGAGCGGCGAUUAUUAACAUGUUCCCGGACUUCUUAAAGCCAAUUGCUGGGCGAUUGCUAACAAACAUCAGUAAGAGCGUCCAGCGAGGCAUUAACCACUUACGCCCCAUAAUCGAAGAGCGCCGCAGGAACUUGAACGAAUACGGCCCUGAUUAUGAGGGAAAGCCAAACGAUAUGUUGUCCUGGCUUAUGAGGGCAGCUGAUGCAACUGAAGGGACAGUCGAGAACCUGACUCGGCGGAUCUUGACAGUGAACUUCGCUGCCAUACACACGUCGUCUACGAGCUUCACCCAGGCGCUGUACAACUUGGCGACCCGCCCCGAGUAUGCAGCGCCUCUACGCGAGGAAGUAGAUGCUGUAGUGGCGGAGAUGGGAUGGACAAAGGCCGCCAUGCAGAAGAUGAAGAAACUGGAUAGUUUCAUGAAGGAAUCGCAAAGGUUGGAGGGCCUUGGCAUCGCCGUCAUGGGUCGCCUCGCGCUCAAGGACUUCGUAUUCUCUGACGGCACCUUCAUUCCUGCGGGCACCAUGGUGUCUGUCGCUGCGGGGCCUAUGCACCAUGACGACGACGUGUACGCGAAUGCGAACGAAUUCGACGGCUUCCGUUUCGCGAAUAUAAGGGAGGAGGAAGGACAAGGAACGAAGCACCAGAUGGUCUCUACCACCACAGAGUAUGUCUCGUUCGGUCAUGGUCGUCACGCAUGCCCUGGUCGUUUCUUCGCUGCAAAUGAGCUCAAAGCAAUGAUGGCGCAUGUCGUCUCCUUAUACGACAUUAGGUUCCCGGACAACGUCCGGCCCGUCAAUACCUACUUCGCGACAGCCUGCGUACCUGAUAUGAAAGCCAAGGUACUGUUCAGGAAGAGGCAAGCGUAG